AUGGGCUCAUCACGCCAGGUCUACCUGCUUCCAUUGAAGGACGAUGGAGCUCCAGAUGUUCCUGGAGGCUUCAUAUACCUGGCCCCUCCGCCAAAGGAGGGAUACGUUCUCCGGUUCAUCAUCGAGGGAACGAGCUCUAUCUGCCGACAGGGUAGCCUCUGGGUGAAUAUACCCGAAGAAGGCAAGCCAUUUGAGCGCCAUUCGUUCCGGGAAUUCAAAUUGCAACCCAACUUCAACGAGAACAUCCAGAUUGACAUUUCUGUGACAUUUGCUGGAUCCUUUGCUUUCUACACAACCUUCUCUCCCCUGCCGGAGUUCUCCGUCGAGGAUGUACCCACCCCUGAGCCUACUCAGACCCCGGUUCACUACAUCGAUGUGUCUCCAAGACUCACUGUGCAAGGGAAGGAACUGCCGCUAAAUGCGCUGUCUAUCUUCUCAGUGAUCUCCAAGUUCAUGGGCGAAUACCCUACGGACUGGGACAGACAUCUCCGUGGCAUCGGACAGCGGAACUAUAACAUGGUUCAUUUCACGCCCUUGAUGCAGCGCGGUUCGUCAAACUCCCCGUACAGUAUCUAUGAUCAAUUGGCAUUCGACAGCACCUUCUUCCCAAACGGAGAGGAUGAUGUAGCUGCUCUGGUCGCAAAGAUGGAGAAGGAAUACGGUCUUCUUACCUUGACUGAUGUAGUCUGGAACCACACAGCUAAUAAUAGCAAGUGGCUGGAAGAGCACCCGGAGUCUGGCUACAGUGUAACAACCGCCCCCUGGCUGGAGGCGGCUCUUGAGCUCGACACCGCCCUUUUGGAGUUCGGCGAGAAGCUCCAGGAUCAAGGCCUUCCCACGGAAUUCAAGACGGAGGGGGAGCUAGUAACAGUCAUGAACGCGGCGCGCAAGCAGGUCAUCGAUGGAAUUCGUCUUUGGGAAUUCUACGUCCUCGAUGUCAAAAGCGACGUCAAGAACAUCUUGGACGUGUGGAUUCAAGCUGAUAUUGACCCCAAGCUCGUUGAACAUAAGGAUAUGCAGCUGUUCAAGGGUUGGUCCCUGAACCAGCAAGCUAAUGUUACUCGAGAGCUCGGCAUUCCAUCCGCCAAGCAGGUACUAGGCCGGUUUGGCCGCACCGUGGAUCCGAAGUUUGGUGCCGUUGCUUUGAACGUUCUUUACGGAGAUUACGACGAAUCGAGCACAAACCUGGCCGAGGUUGAGCAGACCUUGACCAAGCUUCUUGACGAAGCAAACCUCCCCUUCUACAAGGAAUACAAUGCCGAUGUCGACGCCAUUAUGGACCAGCUGUUCAACCGUGUCAAGUAUCUGAGGAUCGAUGACCAUGGCCCUAAGAUGGGUCCUGUCACGAAGGAUAACCCUUUGAUUGAGACUUACUUCACUCGUCUGCCUCUCAAUGAGACGACAAAGAAGCAUGACCCUAAAGCUCUGGCUCUGGCCAACAACGGCUGGAUCUGGAAUGCUGAUGCCAUGCGAGACAAUGCUGGUCCUGAUUCUAGGGCUUACCUUCGCCGUGAAGUCAUUGUCUGGGGUGAUUGCGUCAAGCUCCGAUACGGAUCAUCUCCUGAGGAUAGCCCGUUCCUAUGGGACUUCAUGACUCGCUAUACUCGCCUUAUGGCCAAGUACUUUGUCGGAUUCCGAAUCGACAAUUGCCACUCCACGCCAUUGGCCGUUGCAGAAUACCUGUUAGAUGAAGCCCGCAAGGUCCGGCCUGAUUUGACUGUGUUCGCAGAACUCUUCACCGGCUCCGAGGAGGCCGACUACGUCUUUGUGAAGCGGUUGGGUAUCAAUGCCCUCAUUCGCGAAGCCAUGCAGGCUUGGAGUACCGAAGAGCUGAGCCGUCUUGUCCAUCGCCAUGGAGGCCAACCAAUUGGCAGCUUCGAGAUGGAUCUUCCGUCAGCUGGAAGCAGCCACGCCAUCGCGUCUGCCAAGUCCGGAAAAAGCGACGAGAAUAUCACCCAUAUUCGACCAUGCCCUGUGCCUGCUCUGUUUAUGGACUGUACCCAUGACAAUGAGGUUCCUGCUCAGAAACGCGAUGCUAGGGACACCCUUUCAAACGCUGCGCUUGUUUCAAUGUGUGCAUCCGCCACUGGCAGUGUGAUGGGAUACGAUGAGGUUUACCCCAAGCUCAUUGAUCUGGUGCAUGAGACCCGUCAAUAUGCCUCUGUGUCCUCGGAUGCAGAGAAGCUUGAUGUUGGAGCUGGCGAGGGGGGCAUUGGCGGUGUCAAGAAGCUGUUGAACGAGCUUCACACCAUGAUGGGAGUUGAAGGCUACGACGAGACCCAUAUCCACCACGAUGGUGAAUACAUCACCGUGCACAGAGUGCACCCCAAGACCAGAAAGGGUAUUUUUUUGAUUGCGCAUACCGCCUUCCCGGGCAACGAAAGUGGUGCUAUUUUAGACGCCACUCACAUUGCCGGCACCAGUGCCAAGCACAUCGGAUCGUGGCAGCUCCAGGUCGAGGCUGGUGAUGAGGAAAAGACGAAGGUCCUGGACGACGAAAAGUACUUGAAGGGUCUUCCCAGUCAAACCCGCGCCAUUGAGAGCACUAACAUCGAGCAAAACGACAAAGAAGUCAUUGUCUCUGUCCUCGAUACUCUUGUACCUGGAUCCAUUGCCCUUUUUGAGACUUGGAUCCCGGGCGCAGACCACGCAGACGGAUUUGAGAAUAACCUCACCCACGGUGCAGAUGAGGCAUUUUCCGAACUCAGCUUGGUUGAUCUCAACUUUGUGCUUUACCGCUGCGAAGCUGAGGAGAGGGACUCUAGCGACGGCCAGGACGGCAUCUAUGAGAUCCCUAAGCUUGGCCCCAUGGUCUAUGCUGGUAUUCAGGGCUGGUGGAGUGUUCUUGAGGACAUCAUCAAGUACAACCAGCUUGGUCACCCCCUCUGCGAUCAUUUGCGCGAGGGUCAAUGGGCCUUGGAAUACAUAAUUGGACGCUUGGAGAAGGCUGCCGCAAAGGAGGGUUAUGUUUCCUUGAAGAGGCCUGCCGCAUGGCUGCGUGGGAAGUUUGACGCUGUUCGCAACUUGCCCAACUUCCUUUUCCCGAGGUACUUCGCAAUUAUUGUGCAAGUCGCAUACAAUGCGGCAUGGAAGAGGGGCAUCCACCUGCUUGGAGACAAUGUGCGACACGGCCAGGAGUUCAUCCACCAGCUUGCGAUGGUCAGCGUUCAACAGACCGGCUAUGUCAAGUCCGCAUCGCUGUGGCCUACCAAGAUGGUCCCCAGUCUCGCGGCAGGAUUGCCUCAUUUCGCAGUCGAUUGGACAAGAUGCUGGGGUCGGGAUAUCUUUAUCUCUAUCCGCGGUCUUUUCCUUUGCACUCAGCGCUUUGACGAUGCCAAGGAACAUAUUAUUGCAUUUGCUAGCGUACUGAAGCAUGGUAUGAUCCCAAACCUGCUGAGUAGCGGCAAGCUACCGAGAUACAAUUCUCGUGACUCCGUUUGGUUCUUCAUGCAGGCCAUCCAAGACUACACUGAGAUGGCACCCAACGGCAUCGAAAUCUUGCAAGAGAAGAUCCCAAGACGCUUCUUGCCGUAUGACGACACUUGGUUCCCCUUUGAUGACCCUCGCGCGUAUUCAGUGUCUCCGACCCUCCUCGAGUGCAUUCAGGAAGUGUUCCAAAAACAUGCCUCUGGCAUGUCUUUCCGCGAAUACAAUGCCGGCCCGGACCUUGACUGCCAGAUGAAGACCGAAGGAUUCCAGAUCGACGUGAAUGUUGACUGGAAUACGGGUCUUAUCUUUGGUGGCAAUCAGGACAACUGCGGUACCUGGCAAGACAAGAUGGGCGAGAGUACCAAGGCUGGAAACAAGGGUGUGCCUGGCACACCGCGUGAUGGCUCCGCCAUCGAGAUUACCGGACUCUCUUAUAGCGCGCUGGCGUGGGUUGCCCGCCUUCAUGAAUCCAAGGCAUACCCACACGAGGGUGUUGACAUUGGCGAUGGUAAGAAAAUCCGCUUUGCCGAGUGGGCCGGCAAGAUCAAGGACAACUUUGAACGUUGCUACUUCGUCCCUCUUGAUCCCAAUGAAGACGGCCAGCACGAUGUGGAUGCAAACAUCGUCAACCGCCGCGGCAUCUACAAGGACUUGUACAAGUCUGGCAAGCCCUACGAAGACUAUCAGCUCCGCGCCAACUUCCCCAUCGCCAUGUCUGUUGCCCCAGAGCUAUUCACACCGGCCAAGGCCCUUGUCGCACUCUCGAUUGCCGACUCUGCCAUUGUCGGUCCUGUCGGCAUGUCGACCCUUGACCCUUCCGACCUGAACUAUCGCCCCAAUUACAUUAACUCCGACGAUUCGGGUGACUUUGCGACGGCCAAGGGUCGCAAUUACCACCAGGGUCCGGAAUGGGUCUGGCAACGCGGGUAUUUCCUUCGUGCCUUACUGCACUUUGAUCUUCUGCGCCGCAAGACGCCAGAAGAGCGAACCGAAUGCUUCCAGCAGGUCACUCGCCGACUUGAUGGUUGCAAGAAGGCUUUGCGAGAGAGCCCCUGGAAGGGCCUGACGGAGUUGUCUAACCAGGCCGGCGCACAUUGCAAUGACUCGUCUCCUACUCAAUCCUGGUCCGCAGCCUGCCUGCUGGACGUUUAUUACGACGCAUCACAUUCGUAA